AUGAAUGUCCCCAGCCACCGUGUUCUUUUCCUUGUUAAGCGAGGCGAAGACUAUAAACUGGCACAAAUCUGUGCCAGUGGACUCAAUUGUCAAAUCUUCUUCCGCAAAUUGAGAGAGGAGUAUUUUCACCUUCGAGGGUUCUUCCGUGCCUGGUUCAGUGUUUGGCGGUAUUCUCAUUGUGACUUCUAUAUGUGUGAGAAGUUUGAUGAUCACGAGUUUGCCCCCAGGAAAAAUGACACCUUCCCCGACGUGACAAACAGCGAUUACGAGUACCAGCCAAAACCCAUGGACAGCAUCCCACCAGUCUGCCAGCACGAGUUCGAAAAGCGCUUCUAUGCAUGCGAUCAGCCGCGACCAUUGCUACAUUGGUACCAUAAGUGUAAAAGGCUAGGGCUUCAAUCUCAUGAUCUUUUGGAUUUCUUUCCGAAGAAGAAGACUGAAUUCGAAGAGGGCGGAGACAAAAGAGAAAGCUUCUGGGGAAUUUAUGCGCGCGAGGUCAUCAGCCUCCGAUGUGUGCUGUUCUAUAAUCUUGUCUGUGUUUUGCCGAUGAUGACCUUUUUCAUGGUCUGGGUUCUUCCCGUAGGACAUAGAACUGACCUACAGAACCCAUCCGUUCCAUUUUCGAUUGUGACUGCGAUGCUAUCUCUCUUCUGGAGUCUAUUUCUUAGUAGUUUGCAGUUCGGGAAGCCACAUUGA